AUGUUGACUAUGGCUACCACCGCCAUUGCACUACUCGCCAUUGGCGCUACUGCUCAGUGGUGGGACAACUUCGAUCCCACACAACAUCUUGGUGGUAACAGUCCAUACUUCUCUGGCCCGAACGUCUUUGGUAUCUCGACCGACCCUCCGCCAGGUUGUUCCGUCGACCAGGCCGGCUUUCUCUCUCGUCAUGGCUCUCGCUACCCUGAUCCAGGUUCAUACAACACCUGGGUGAAUUUGGCAGCGAAGAUACAAAAUGCUUCCUUCAGUACCUGGGCUCCAGAGUUCCAGUUCCUCCAGUCGUGGAAAUCAGCACUUCGCAACCCUGCACCGGAACUGUCCGAGCUCUCCCUAGGUGGCUACAAGGAGCUGUACGACAUGGGCGUGGACUAUCGCUGGCAGUAUCCAGACUUUUACACCGAAAACACUCCAUUCGUGCUUUGGGCCAAUCGUUACCAGCAGUCCGUCUUUCGUGUCGUAGACUCAGCUCGACUGUUCGCCCGAGGCUACCUUGGCCCCAACGCCACUGUCGAUGGUAGUGUCUACGUGCUUAACAACUCCGACCCGAGAUCGAUUGCCAACUCCUUAGCGGCUUCUGAUCUUUGUGCCAAUUACAACGACAACAGUGGUGGGGACAAUGCCACGACCUGGGCCAACAUCUAUGUGCCUCCGAUCGUCAAGCGUAUCAACAGUCUGUUCCGUGGCAACCUGAAUUUCACGGCGUCGGAUGUGACGCAAUUCCCCUACCUCUGCGGCUUUGAAACACAAAUCACUGGCCGUCGCAGUCCAUGGUGCGACGCCUUCACUCAGCAGGAAAUCUUGGCGUAUGAGUAUUCUCAGGACAUUCGCUACUGGUACGGCACAGGCCUUGGCACCAAGCUCGAGAAGAACUUGAUGUUACCCUUCCUCACCGCGCUCGUCCAGCGCUUCGUUGACGGACCAAAUGCCACAUACCCGAAUGGCAACGCCUCCACACCGUUCCACCCAAAUCCACUCAUCGCAACGUUCUCGAAUGACGGACAAGUCAACCAGCUUGCUGCGGCCAUCGGUGUGUUCGAUCAAGAACCGCAGCUCCCAGCAACCUACAUCCCGCAGAGUCGCAUCUUCAAAUCCAGCAACUUCGUCACUAUGCGUGGGACCGUCAGCUUCGAGCGCCUGAACUGCGGAUCGCGAGGUCUGUACAUGCGUAUCAAGCUCAAUGAUGAGGUCUAUCCUGUCCCAUACUGUCAGCAAGGUCCAGGACGAAGCUGCCCGCUGAAUCAGUAUCAGUCAAUCAUCGCAUCGAAGACUAAGGCGGCGGGUGACUUUGAGGUCGCAUGUGGCAUUGCCAACACAAGCAUUGUGCCCAUUGGUCAAGAUAAGACGACAUUCUUGACUAAUCUGAAUCUGCCAUUUGAGUACGUGGUCAAACCGUAG